CAUAGGAUUCUCAUUUGUGAAGCAUCUGCUUUAGAUAAUAUACAAACACGUCUGAAAAAGCCAACCAGCCAUGAAAAGAAGUAAGUGGAACAGACAAACUAUGAGGACGUCUGGAAAAGGCUAAAGGCGACCGCCAUGAAAAUACACAAACGAGCAGACACGCAGCAACGAGCAGACAAGCCACACCAACCCCAGUGCCACCGACGCCGUCUAGCUCAGCUCAGCUAAGCAAGCAUGGCUUGGCUGCGACUGAAAGCUGUCGCCGCCGUCCUCGCUCUGCUUGCUGUCGCCGCCGGCGUCGCGCACGGCUUCGAGUUCCACGAGGCCACCGUGGACGCCAUCCAGCUCGGCUUCAGCAACGGGACUCUAACCUCCAGGGCGCUCGUCCGGUUCUACCUGGACCAGAUCGGCCGCCUCAACCCGCUCCUGCACGCCGUCAUCGAGGUGAACCCGGACGCGCUCCGGCAGGCCAAGCGCGCCGACGCCGAGCUUCGCUCCUCCGGCCAUGCCACCGGCUCGCUGCACGGCGUCCCCGUCCUGCUCAAGGACAACAUCGCCACCCGCGACGCGCUCAACACGACGGCCGGCUCCUUGGCCCUCCUAGGCUCCGUGGUGAGGCGCGACGCCGGCGUGGUGGCCCGGCUCCGGCGUGCGGGCGCCGUGGUGCUCGGGAAGGCCAGCCUGUCCGAGUGGGCCAAUUUCCGGCAAGUGGACGCCGGGUGGAGCGCCCGCGGCGGCCAGGCACGGAACCCGUACGUGCUGUCGUCCACCCCGUGCGGGUCGAGCGCCGGUUCGGGCGUCGCCGCGGCGGCCAACAUGGCGGCCGUGACGCUCGGCACCGAGACCGACGGCUCCAUACUCUGCCCUUCGUCGUUCAACUCAGUUGUCGGCAUCAAGCCGACGUUGGGGUUGACCAGCCGGGCCGGCGUCAUCCCCAUCACCCCGUUGCAGGACACCGUGGGGCCGAUGUGCCGGACGGUGUCGGACGCGGUGCACGUGUUGGACGCCAUCGUCGGCUACGACGAGCACGACGCCGCGGCCACCGGAGCGGCAUCCAAGUACAUCCCGCGCGGCGGGUACACGCAGUUCCUGAAGAAAGAUGGGCUCAAGGGGAAGAAAAUCGGCGUCCCCAAUGGCUUCUUCCAAGGAUAUGGACAGGCGCAGCUGAAUGUGUACAAGCAGCACCUAGCCACGAUGAGGAAACUUGGAGCCGUGGUGGUCGAGAAGCUGGACGUCGCUGCCAAUUUGACUGCUCUAUUGGUUGAGAUUGGUUCCAACGAGGGGAUUGCGAUGCAGUCAGAGUUCAAGCUGAGCAUAAACGCCUACUUGGCAGACUUGGUCCACUCCCCUGUCCAUUCCCUUGCAGACAUCAUAGCAUUCAACAACAAGCAUCCUGUAGAGGAGAGGCUGAAAGACUUCGGGCAGCCCGACCUUAUCGCGGCUCAAAACACAAACGGCAUCGGCCCUGUGGAGAAAGACGCAAUCCGUCGGCUCAAGGAGCUGAACACGAAUGGGCUGGAGAAACUGAUGAAGGAGCUGGCGCUGGAUGCGAUCGUGGCGCCCAACUACGAUGCUUCCAGCCUUCUCGCCAUCGGUGGCACCCCUGGCAUCGUUGUGCCGGCGGGGUAUGACGAGCAGGGGGUCCCCUUUGGCAUAUGCUUCGGCGGGCUGCAGGGGUACGAGCCGAGGUUGAUCGAGAUGGCAUAUGCUUUCGAGCAGGCUACCAAUGUUCGGAGGCCACCCAUGUUCAAGCCCUAGCUGACUAUAGGGCCAGUUUUUUCCAGAUUAUUUUAGCUUAUUGUUAAAAUAAACCAGAAAUUUAAAAAAAAA